CAGCGGCAGCAACAACUUCUGAAUGGUCCCCGCCUCUCCGGGGAGUUUCCUCCACGGAGAAGUUUUACUUUAUGUGUAGCACCUGUUGUGUCGCCAGUCGGCCGUCUGCGCUCGCCAAACAUUCGGAGUCACCGUCUCAAAGAACUCGCAAGACAUUAGUUUCCUUCAGAAAGUUGGACGCGAAGCGCUACAAGUGGCAUUUAACCCAGAGUGGCAUGUUACACUGUUUGGAAAUUAACAUUUUUGGAAUUGUUUUUGUACGACUAAUGGACUAUGUAUUUCUGCAGGGGAAGUCGAACACUUUGCAAAUAGGCACGUGUUUGUUUCGCGUUUGGACAGAGCUUCGUAAAUUGUGAGAUUACAGAAAUACACAUUUUUAAAAGUCCUCAUGAAUGCUUGUGUACGAGAGUUUUCACAGAGUAAUUUAGCGAACAGGUGCGCGCUCACAAAGUUACACUAAAUAUGCACUACAGCGGUCAACUUUAAAUAGACGAUUUUCUGCUAACUUUCCACAAAGAACUUAACGCAGAAAAAAGAACUCUGACCGAUGAGGAUUAUGUGGACUUUACUUUGCGCGUACUUCUUACAGAUGUGGCCAAAGUUGGAUACCCGUCUCAGAAACAUUUUUUCUGCGUGGUGAAACAACACAUACAAAGUGCCUAUAAGCACCGACAGCCACCAUUUAUCCAAAUGAUUCCGUUGCUUCUCUUGAUUGUCAUAUCGUCUCUUCAUCAGCAUGAGUCGGUGGCGGAAUCGAGUCACAUCAGUAAGAUCCACCACGCAAGUACGAAAGAGCAAAAUGGAGUUCAAGAGUCUCAACAUGAGAAGGUCCUCAGUGUCACUGGGGAUGGAAUUAUUCACAGUCCAGACUUCCCCAACACAUAUCCCAGGAAUACAGUUAUAGUGUGGAGGCUGGUGGCAGUCGCUGAAGGUUCCAGGAUCCAGCUGUCCUUUGAUCAGCAGUUUGGUCUGGAGGACGCAGAGGACGGCAUUUGCAAGUAUGAUUAUGUGGAGGUGGAGGAGCCUGUUUUAGGGAUGGUGCUGGGUCGCUGGUGUGGCUCACAGGUGGUACCAGGGCCUCAGGUAUCCAAGGGUAACCAGAUCCUGGUCCGCUUUGUCUCUGAUGAAUACUUUCCCUCCAACCCAGGAUUCUGCAUCCAAUACUCUUUGCUCCAACAGAGGCAGUCUGAGCAUGAGACACAUGCACUGAUGCCUGCAUGGAUGCAGAGUGCGGAUGCUUUGAGUGAGGCUGUAGCUGGUUUGAGCACAAUGGAGGAAGUGAUGAAAUACCUGGAGCCAGACCGCUGGCAGGUGGACAUGGAGGACCUUUACAAGCCUACUUGGCAGGUGGUGGGAAAGUCUUUCUUACACCAAAAGAAAUCAAGAGGAGUGGUGGAUCUGAACCUACUCCGUGAGGAGGUACGGCUUUACAGUUGUACUCCACAGAACUUUUCCGUGUCAUUGCGCGAGGAGCUGAAAAGGACAGACGCCAUCUUCUGGCCCAGCUGCCUGCUGGUGAAGCGCUGUGGGGGAAAUUGCGCCUGCUGCUCUCAUCGCUGCUAUGAUUGCCAGUGCACGCCCACUAAGGUGGCCAAAAAAUACCAUGAGGUUCUGAUGCUGAAACACAGAGCAGGGAGUCGGGGGUUGCAAAAGGUUCUGACGGACGUCUCGUUGGAGCACCAUGAGGAGUGUAGCUGUGUGUGUAAAAAUGACUCAGACUAAACCAUGGAAAGACCUACACUGACCCCCCCCCACAGACUCUGCUGCACCCAGGGAAAUAUUUCUUGCAUUGUGCCAAUUGAGCUAAAGAGUUUUUACCCUCAUGUUGCGGACUAAUGAAACCCAGGGAUGGAUAUCUUUUUUAUCUUGACUCAAGCCUGAGAUUCCAUUCUUUUUGGCCUUGCAAUCCAUUAAGGAUCAACCCAUGUAGAAGUUUCCUUUGGCCACAUGAUAUGAUAGCAUGGAAUAUUUGGUGGAAAAUUGGGAACAGUCUUCUAUGUUUGUGCGUAGAGGUCUGUUUACAAUGUCCAUAUGUACAUGUAUGAGUCAUUUGUGUGUCUGUGUGUGAGUACAGAGCUGUGCAGGUUCAGGAAAUGAGAAUGUGUAAGAGAUGAGCCUAAAAUUAGAUCUGUAUUCCAAGAUAACUAGAGGGCCUGAAGUGAAGUGAGUGCAUUUGGUUUGGAUGAGUGCGUGAAUAACACGAAAAGUGAAAGAAAAUGACAGGCCCAGCUGAGAAAGGAGCCGAACUGAGCUUUGAAUUAUUGUCACUCCGAUGGGACUCUUGUGUUUCUUAUAAAUAGUAGCUGUUACUUGGGGAGUAAGCGGAAUUCAACAUUUUCUUUUUCAUUAUUUUUCUCUCUUUGCUUAUUUUUCACAACUGAAAAUAUCAAAGGACCUUUCAAGAUUUUGUGCUCAUAGAUGGAAGAGUGUACAUCCACUUUCAGAGAUCCGAAGACAACUUUGAGGUUGCAUGGACACUCUCCUUUAUAAACAUCCCGACAGCAAUUAAUUACACUGUGAUCAUACAUAGCAGCACUCCACUGCUUUAUCAUCAAUGUAUUGAAAUCAGACCUUUCCAUCAUUAAUUCUUAAAGAAUCCUUCAGGAAAGAUAAGGAUGUCCUUUAACUUCUUUUUAAAAUAGGAGCAAAACAAACAGCUAAACUGGAAAAUGUUCCACUUUUGCUCAUUUACUAUGUAUUUGCUGUUUAUAAUUAACUAAGGACUCUUAUGACAAUGGUUCCAUUUAAGAGAGAACACUAAAAAUGCAAUGGUGAAUCUUGUGUAAAUACAUUUCAAAUUCUUCUUUGUUGUCUGUGUCAUUUAAAUUUUUGGAACCAAAAUUUGGGACAAGUAAGACUCUUUUUUUUUCCCCCUUCCAUAAUCACUGUAGUAUUUUGUUUCAGUAUUAGUUACUCGUUUUGUAGAGACAUUUAUACAUUUUAUUGUGUUUUUGUGUGUUUUUUAAAUACUUGUUUGAUUAACGUAAUUAGAUCGUCAUGUUGACUUGAGGCAAAGUAUUCUGAAUUUUUUUUAGACAAUGUUAGUUCUUGUAAAUAGUCUUUAGAUGUUAAAGGGACAUAGAACUGCCAGUACCCUAUUCCUCUUACCAUUAAACUAUUAGCAAAAUUGUUGUGGUUUUUCCAAGUGUCACUUAAAACAUUGAUUUGCUGGAGUAAUCUGCAGUUGUCAAAGGAUCACAAAGCACUGCCAGAGGGUAACCUAACCAUGAAUCAUUAAUUACAAUCUUGACAUCAGCCUUUGAGAGGGUUUAAUUAGAUUUUUUUUUUUUUUUUUUUUAAAGAUGUAUCGCUGCUUUAAACACUCUAAUUACAUAUGGCCACCAGGAGAUGGCGCCAAGUACAUGACACAGACUCGAUGACUCAAAUGGCACAGAAUGAAACUCAUUACUACAAUCAUGUCUGCAUGCUAUGCAAUCCUUUAGUCAUUGUUGUGUUUGUAUGUGUAAUUAGUAAGUAUGUACAAUUAUUAUUUUGUAUUUGUUUGGAGAGGAUUUUGGACACUUGGAGACAUUUUUGGACACAAGGAUAAGUUAUUUGUGUAAUGCUAUAACUUUUGAUUGCUUUGUGUAUCAAUACAAAGUUGUGCACAGUUACAGGUGACAUGAUUGGAAACAAAACAAAAGCAGUUUUUCUGAGCCACAUUAUUUACAUCCUUAUAAUGUCGAAUCAGAAAAAUAAUAAAACAAGUUAAUUUUUGCCUCAAGUUUUUUUGUGAUUUUUCAGCAGUUUCUUAGGCUGAGUCUCAGAAUUUAUCUAUAUCAUUAACAAAUUUGAAAAGUUUUCUUUAAAAUGAUACCAAACACUUGCACAUUCUGCAAUGUUAACCUUUCAUAUCCUAAUAACUUUCAUGAGAAUUUCAGUUUUUUUUUUCUUUUAGUAAUAUCAUGUGAUCUACAAAGUUACUCUUAAAUAUAAAGUACCACCUUUGUCUUGUUAUUACUGUUUUGCUACUGUUCCUUGAAAUGUCCACAGGCAUUGCUGUCAAUUUUCUUUUUACUUGUUCUUGAGAAACCAGAUAAUCCGUAUAAAGCAAUAAGGGAAAUCUGAAUAUAUUUAUCAUGUUAAUAUGAGUUUUCAUCAUUUUGAUUGUGUUAAAGUUUGCAUUUGUCCAAUCUCACAUGCUUAUUUGUGUUGUCAAAUAUUAUAAGUAUGUGUUCUGAGUAAAUAACUGUCAUAUUAUGACAGUACAUACAUAAAAUACACUUCAUUUUACUAUGCACCAGGUAUGGACAUUUAAAGUAAAAAAAUGCUAAACUUUUGAAACAUUUCAUCAGAUAUGCUUAUGUUUAGAUAAAGGCUAUAAGGCAAGUUGCUGUUUUUUUAUAGCAUUCUUUUGUUAAUGAUCCAGUGUGGUAAUCAUUAUGUCAUGUUAUACUACAACAUUUAAACUUUCUCAAACUGUGAGAUGACGUGAAAGCUGAGCUCAAAUCACAAAGCACUAAUCACAAAAGUAACAUUGAUGGAAAAUGAUGCAAACAAUGUGAUUUACUCAAAACAAGAUGACAUUUCAAAUUCAAAAGCAGCUGAGUAAACAAAACAUGCAACAUUAUUAUCUUCUUUUUUAAAUGUGUCUGAUAUUACAGUAAAUGGCACAGGCCAUAUUUCUGAUACCUUAAUGCAUCAUCCACUUGGUUUCUUUUUCCCUGUCAUUUUGUCAGACUAUUAUACUUUGAUGGAAUAUAUUUGUGACUUUGUUUUCAUACUUUGAUCACUGAACCCUCACACAUGACAAACCAAUUUAACAAGCCAACCUAAGCAGGCUUUGGAAUCAGACAUCAGACUUUAAAGGAAGAAAGGCUCAUUUUUGUGAGGUCUGACAAAGUGGGAUGAGAAUCUGGAUUUUCUUGAUGUGUUAUAUGAGAGUGAGAGAAAAGCACUGAUGUUAAACAGCACACAGAAAUGUGAAGCAUGCAUUUUCUCUCUAGAUUCUCCAUGAGGCGCAUUCAUCAUUCUGAGAGAUGCAAAAUAAUGCUUGUGACCGACUGUCCUGGUCAUCUAUUGUUGGCUUUACAUCUUGUAAUUUGUGUUUUAUGUUGGAUUGUCAUUAUUCACACCCAGUAAUCUUUAUAGGUUGUUUAAGGUCACUAUUAGGUAGAGUUCACUGGCACUUCAUUCUAUAAAUAUAGUACACUUUGGUUUCCUAUUACAUUUUUUUAAAGCAUUAGAGGCACAAAUCCCAUGUUUUUUUUUUUGUUUUUUUUUUUGUUUUUUUUUUUAGAUAUGUUAGAUAAACUAUGUCAAACAUAAAAUUAAUAAAGAAUGAAAAGUAUAUGUCUGUACCUCCUCCCUUAAACUUUUUGUCAACUUUAUAUUAUUAUUAUUUAUUUUUUUAAAGGUUGCCUAUUAAAUUUUGAUUAUUUACUACUUAUUCCUAGAAAAUUACAAAAUCACACAAAUCAGAGUUUUAAACAGGGCUUUAAAAAUUGCAAACCUCAUAUAAAAUGAAUAGAAAAAAUUGCUCAUAUAAUAUUUAGUUUGACAUCCUUAGGUUGACACUCAACAUUAUCUGAAGAAUUAGCACCUCCUUUCACUGAUAAUUUGUUGAAAAACCUCCAGGCCCAGUUCAUUUUGUACCUUAUUUGUAGAAAGUGCAUACUCUCAAACACAGAUUCAUGAAAUAGACUAGUACGAUUGCCUUUACAUUCUAUAGAGUAUUUUGUUGUCAGUUUAUAGAGAAUUCAAUAAAAUGAUGGCUGAUGAUGGAUUACUUGUCUGGGAACAAUGCAUUAACGUUUUGAACCGGAUGUGCGUAUGAACGCCUGUCUGUGGGCUUGGUCUCAUUUAGUAAAUUACAGGGUGCUUGCUCUGUGGUUUUCCAGGAACUGACUGUGGUUCCAGGGUAAAGUAAUGAGCUGACAUCUGAGUGGCAUUAAUCACAAGGAUGUGGACAGUUUGCCUUUUCACUGAAGAAGCCUGUGUCGUCAUGUGAGAUCUUUUGCAAACUUUCUCUUGUCAAAUUUGGUUACUGAAAAGAAAUAUGAUGCUGUCAAAUGACCUCUAAUUCACCCACAGCUGGCAUGGUUGGGUCAGAGAUGCCAACCAGUCCCGAACAAUGCCAAGGUUGAGGAGGAUCAAAGCAAAGGCACUCUUAGGCAUGGGUCACCAGGGGAACAGACUGCUUACAACACACUAAAAAUGUGUGUGCUUAUACAUGUGUGUGUUCAUUCUCUUUGUAUUUGAUACUAUGAACCAGUUACCACUCUUCCCUAGUCAUUUUCAUUUAGAUCAAAAGAGACUUACCCAAAGAAAACAUCUGCUACAAAAUACCAAAACAAUUUCUCUCUCCCUCCUCUCAAGCUGGACAUCCUCGCUGAUCCACACACCCUGCUUCCCUCGAUAACCACACCUUUUAUCUAAGCACAGCUGGGUUCUUUGUAUUAAUGCCGAUCGCUGUGUUCAGAAUAGCAUACCACUAAACUAAUAGUAUCUGUACUAUUUUCUGCAUUCAUUGAAUGACAUACUUCAACAAUUUACCUUGGCAUUGAUAAUGCCAUGUUUUACCAUUUGAGCUACAGGAAUGCCCUCAUGAGAAAUCUAAUUAUUAAACCAGUUACACACUUUAGAUCAAAUAAGACAAUUGAGUUACAUGUUGUGCAUAGCAACAACAAUAAAUCUGACCACCCAUUCAUCACAUUGUCUAGACAGAAGAUUUGAUCAAAGCUGUCAUAAUAUUUUAGCUAUGCGGGUGUGACUGCCAAAGCAGUGUUUAGUAAUAAGGCACAGAUGAUACUAUUGGGAAUAAAAAGAGAAUGACAAAAAAAGGGAGUAGAAAGAAUAGGCAACUAAGCAUGAUGGAAUCACUGAGAUCAGCUAAGGAAUGACAAUAUCAUUACCAUCCCAUAUGUUAGGCAUUCAUAGGGUUGUGGUUACAAAUAUUUGUGUACUGUAGAAUGUCAAGUUCUAUUUCAACGCUCUUUUAAAGUGGCUAAAUCUGUGUUGCUCAGUAUACAGGGUUGGAGAGUAACGAAAUACAUGUAACGGGAUUACGUAUUUAAAAUACAAAAUAUAAAUAACUGUAUUCCACUACAGUUACAAAUUAAAUCAUUGGUAUUUAGAAUACAGUUACAUUCAAAAAGUAUUUUGAUUACUGAAGAGAUUACUUUGUAUUUUAUUGUCAUUUGUUUCAUUUAAUAUUUAGUCCUUUCAGAUGGAAAAAUGUAUACAUAUAAAUGAUGCGAUCCAAAGCGCAUUUGAACAGCGGUGAAACACUUUCUUAUGAAGUGUUACAUUCAUACGAGCAGACAGAGAAGUACGUUUGAAGUAAGUUUGGAGCAGAAGAAAUAGAAAUAAACCUUGUGUAAAUUGUCAGCUUUACGCUAAGCUAAAAUGCUAUUUCUAGCCAUUUUACAUGCACAUGUUACCAGGCACAAUCAUAAUUUUUUUAUCAAGAAAAUUCAUGUUGGAUCAUAAUUUCU